UUGUGUCAUGCUUAAAGUACAUGUCCUAACCAAUGUGCCAAAACCAGAGUUUAACAUGACAUCUGUAGAGUGGUUAAAAACUCAGUUUUAAUGACUUCAGCAUAAGUGUAUAUUGUCUGUAUAUAUGCAUACAUGGUGUAAGUCAUGACAAAAAAACAAACAAGCCAAAAAAAAAAAUGGAAACCCGACUGAAUACUUUGUCUUGAUCUGUCAGUGUGUCUCGGUGUUUUUGUCGGGAAGCAGACAAACACCUCCCUCUCUGUGAGCAACGUGUGAGUAAUAGACUCCACCACUGCCUCCUACGAAACAUGCGGUUGACGCCACAGUCGCUCAGAGAUACCUGUCCGGCUUGCACGUCCCCUCUGACGCGCUCCAGGAGAACAGUAUGUUUGCAGGAGCGCGACGGUUGUUGCUGUUGCGAGCUGUACUAAGCAUCGGUGCCUUUACAGACUUCUAAGUGCGUCUCUGUCAGAGCUCGCAGUCAACUUCCCACAACUCCGACGCGCUCGGCGAGUAGAGUGGAGCUACCUUGAGCAGAAAGGCACUGGCUCACCGCCACAGCUAGACCCAUGGAAUAAUAACUAUGGAAUACCACUGGAUACUUCUGUCUGUCUUUGUACAGUUAUCCUUCCCUCCAGGCAACUCUAAGCCCACUAUCGCUCACAGUGAGCAGGGCCACCUGGUUAUUGAUCUCAACAAGCCAUUUGAACUGCAUUGCCUGGGUAUUAAGGAGAUGCAGUGGCUGCGGGAGGACCGGGCAAAGGUGCGUGGGGAGAAGACAGUCAAUGGGAUGUCCUCGCUGCACAUCACCAAGGCUCAGCCUCUUCACAUGGGUCGCUACAUCUGCUUGGAGAAGAGCUCUGGGGAGCGAGCCUCCAUCUAUGUUUAUGUUAGAGAUCCUAGCAAUCCCUUCAGAUUAUCAAAGGUGUCCCACAUUCUCAUUCGUGAGGGAGAGAAAGCUUCUAUUCCCUGCCUGCCAACUGAUCCAAGUAUGGAAGACCUGCGCCUGGAAACGUGCUCCAGUACAGCUCUGGCCUCUGGUCUCCAGUAUUCUACAAGCCUGGAGCAUGGCAUCAUCAUCCACAACACACAAAAGGCCUAUGAUGGUUGCUAUGUGUGCACAGGAAGACUCAGGAAAGAACGCGUUAGAUCACACGAUUAUGACCUCACAGUGAAACCAGUCCCCACUGCUCCACCUGUGAUUAGCAUGCAGGCUCCUAAAAGAGUGAUUCUUACCUGGGGCGAGAGUCUCUCCCUCACUUGCAACACUACCAAUGUCAACGGAGAAAUCAAGCUGCAGUGGGCCACCCCACCUAGCUCGGGUGCCGUCUGGUCUUCACAGCAACCAGCAAAGGUUGACGGCGCGUCACAUAUCUUGACGGAGCACUUCACUCACGUGCGCAGCUCCACCUUGCACAUCUCGGCGGUCAGGCCACAAGAUGCUGGGAGGUACCAGUGUGAAGCUGAGAAUGAAAAAGGGGUCAGCAGACAGUCAGUGUGGCUUGAUGUUUAUGAAAAAGGAUUCAUCAAUUUAACACCCGCAACCAACCAAACCAUCCGUGUUCGUUCAGGUGAGAGUUUGUCCCUAAAUGUUAGCAUGGAGGCUUACCCAAAACCUCACACCUUCUCCUGGAGCUUCGAGGGCCACGAGCUACGGAACACGUCCGACCAUGUCAUCACCACACAGAGCCAUGAAUAUAGGUACAACAGUGAGUUGAGGCUGGUGCGACUGAAAGUAUCAGAGGGUGGAGUCUACAGUUUUCAAGCCUCCAAUAGUGACGCUUCUGUAAAUGAGACAUUCACCAUAUUUGUGAUCAGUAAACCUGAGAUUGUAUCUCACGAGGGUCCAGUGGACGGACAAGUACGCUGUGUGGCAAAGGGGUUCCCUCCCCCCCAGAUCACCUGGUACUAUUGUGAGCAGCCCUAUGUCAGGUGCUCCCAACAGGUGAAUGCCACACAGGAGGAGCACAGUGUCAUUACUGUCACACUGUUAAGUCCGACAAAUGGGAAUUCAGAGGUGGAGAGUCGGGUGAACAUCAGCAGGGGACGGUUCACUACUCUGGAAUGUGUGGCUACGGUGGAGGGAGAGCAGGCUUACACACUUUUCUCUAUCAGCGAGAGAACUGUUCCCCAUGAUCUGUUCACCCCUCUGUUAAUUGGCACUGUAUCAGCAGCAGGCGUCCUCUGUCUGAUCCUUAUCAUGCUGUUCUACAAGUACAUGCAGAAACCCAAAUACCAGAUCCAGUGGAAGGUUAUUGAAGGCAUCCAUGGAAACAAUUAUGUAUACAUUGACCCCACCCAGCUACCAUACGAUCACCAGUGGGAGUUUCCUCGAAACAACUUGCGUUUUGGGAAAACACUGGGAUCUGGGGCAUUUGGAAAAGUGGUGGAAGCCACUGCAUAUGGACUCUCCCAAGCAGAUUCAGUCAUGACAGUGGCUGUGAAAAUGCUCAAAUCAAGUGCUCAUGCCACAGAGAAAGAGGCACUGAUGUCAGAGCUGAAAGUCCUCAGUUACUUGGGAAACCACAUGAAUAUUGUCAACCUUUUGGGAGCCUGCACUGUUGGAGGACCAACACUGGUGAUCACAGAGUACUGCUGCUUCGGAGACCUUCUUAACUUUCUGCGUAGAAAGAGAGAAUCCUUCAUCUGCUUGAAGCUGGAGGAAGACUGCUGCUACAGCAAUGUCAUGCCGCAGGGAGACGUAGCUGGUGACAGCUUGAACGGCUACAUGACCAUGAGGCCUUCUGUUGCUGGCAACCCACCAUUUAGCUCAUCUUGUGAGAAGAGACGCUCACUACGCAAAGGUGGCUCCUAUGUUGAAGCAGAUGCAGAGAUUGAGAUGUUUGAGGAGGAUGGUCUGUCCCUAAACACAGAAGACCUUCUCAGCUUCUCAUACCAAGUGGCCAAAGGCAUGGAGUUUUUAGCCUCCAAAAAUUGUAUCCACAGAGACCUGGCAGCCAGAAAUAUACUGCUGACUCAAGGAAGAGUGGCAAAGAUUUGUGAUUUUGGCCUGGCUCGGGACAUCACCACAGACUCCAACUAUGUAGUCAAAGGCAACGCUCGUCUGCCAGUGAAAUGGAUGUCCCCAGAGAGUAUCUUUGAGUGUGUGUACACAUUUGAGAGUGAUGUGUGGUCCUAUGGCAUCCUGCUUUGGGAAAUCUUCUCACUAGGAAACAGUCCUUAUCCCGGUAUGCCUGUGGAUGCCAAGUUCUACAAACUAAUAAAAGAAGGAUACAGAAUGGAUGCUCCAGAGUUUGCACCCAAUGAAAUGUAUCAGAUUAUGCGGUCCUGCUGGGAUGCUGAUCCCUUCAACAGACCCCCCUUCAGGAAGGUCGUGGAAAGGAUUGAACAACAGCUGUCGGAUGCCACUAAGCAUAUUUAUCUGAACUUCAGCUCCAGGCUUCCUGUUAUGCCUAGAGCCAGGGAGGAGCCCAGCUCUCAGAGCUGUCUCAACUCAAGCGGCAGUAAUAGUGUUGUGACCCAGCCCCUACUGGUACAGCAUGAGGUCUUCCUCGAGGGGACAAUCUUGAGAGCCCAAAGGCUGUAAGGACCCACCUGACCUGUCUGGCUGCCUCUUAAAGUGCCUGUAAUGUUCGACCACAAAACACCCCACCACCCUGGUACCAAACGCAUGUCUUAUCAAAUGCAGAUGGAAUGGUAAUUGCCAUCUAUUAUCAGAGAGAACAACAAGGGACAAAAGGUCAAUACCACUACUAUUCAUUGUAAUUACCUACUGAUUACAGGGAGCACAGUUAGACUAAUGCUCCCCUGCUUACAGUGAAGAACUGUUAAGGCACUGGAGGGGUUGGAGGGACAUCAGCGGUUACUCUAAAACUGUUCUCUGGUUUGUUAUUUCCAGAUUUUUCAGUUACAUUUUUCCUACACAUUUCAUAAAGGUUGUUUUGUUGUUUUUGGCACUCUGUAUAUAACUGUAACCUUUCUUUUUACACUUUGUGUUUUCUUAUUCUUUGUUAUUUUUCUGUCAAGAACAAGUAUGUAGCAUUUCUACAUUUUGGUUGGCUGUGGUAAUUGUUGGAAGAAGAAAAAAAUGCUCAAGACACUUGAACUAUACACCAUUCCAUACACCACGUAAUGCAGCUUUAGUUUCCUUUUUUAACUCUUUCAUUGUCAGUAUUAUUUCCAACUGCUCCGCUUUAUGUUUAUAUGAAGGAGAUGCUUUCUGGGGGCCAAUUUAAAUUGAGAUAUUGUGACACUGGUAUAUAAGCUAUUAGAUAGCAUGGCUGGUCAUGCUUCGAAUUUUACUGCUUCAAGUCAAUUAGGAGAUACAUUUCUGCUCUUUCUAUGCUGGAUGUCACUACCUAGAGAGCAAACAACUGGAUCUCUUACCACAUGGAGCAGCACCUGGUUGCUCUACACACAGAUGUCUUCAGAGAUAUGGUGUAGACAUGGUACGCUGGUUUUUCAUUUACUGUAUGUGCUUUUUGACUGCAUAUGUGUACAUAUCUGAAGUAAUGAUACUAGUCAUUGCUGUAACAUGGUGAGAUGGGAAGAGUUAAACUUUUCACAAAGAACUUGCUCUGUGAAGCCUUUAGCUGUUGGCGUUCUUCUUAACUUCCUUACAUGAGCAGGUAAUGCAGGUGUAUAGUUUCAUUUUUUGACAGCUGGACUGCUGGCGAGUUCUCUUGUAAAGGUGUAAAUAACUGUUAUAUGAUUCCUCUCCUGCCACAUCCACUGUAUGAUCUUUGUUUACAAGAAUGACACAGGUACUGCCAUUUCUGAGACUUAUUUUUUCUGCUUUCCACCUUCUUGCCCGACAUGAAGGAACAGGAAACUGAAACCUUUCUGUAUUGGCUGACAGGUUUGGUGUCUUUUUUGCCCAAGCUACCAUUGUAGUUCUCUAUUAUACAGUAUAUUGUGAUUAAAGUCAUGGCUAUGCUUGUGUAAAAUGUCAUUAAGUGAACUGCAGUACUCCCUGAGGUGACAAGCCAGAGGAAUGUGAAGGGUCUUCAAUGUUCCCUGUUCAGAUGUCGACACUGGGUACAGAGCUCGCUCUCAGUGUAUGGGUCAUGUCAUUGUUCUCGAGAUAGUAGCUGGUUUCCAAGCAGUCCUUCUCCUCUUUGUAUCCACCUGUUUCCUUGAUCAGAAGUGGGACUCUCAGCACCUCUCAGCCAACAGUCUGUAUCAGUCCAAAUCAUUAUAAUUCCCGUCUUUCUACUGGUGAAUGUUUUUGUGAAGAGCACCAGGAAAGUGUCCUAUUUGUGUGUAUGUGUGUGUGUGUGUGUGUACAUGUUUGUAUGACUGGAUUACUGUUAAGAGGUGCCACUACAAAAUAUUCAUCAAGACAUUCAAUGAAAAUUCCACCAUCUUACUGCUCUGUCUUUGUAAAUAUAAACGACCUUAUAUUGUAAAGUAAUGUUGAUGCUUUUGAAAAUGUUUAUCUUAAAGAUGAUGUGGUACAUUGAUGCAGAAGUUUUUUUUUAUGCUGUGUUUUCUUAUGUGUGCACAAAUUUCUAACUGUAGAUUCAACUGGGAAAAGCUGCUUGUGUCUCGGUCGCCAUGGUAACUGAAACAGAAGGGCUUUGGCUAAUGUUUUAAUUUUGGCAAAUUCAUCAUUUCAACCAAUUAUGCUGUUUCACAGUGUAACUGCCACAGAAGCAUUGCUCCAAAUGGUCAUAUCUGAUAGCCAAUAAUCAUAUGGCAGUAUCAGCGAAAAUGAUUAUACUAAAUUUUACUACCAGGAUGAAGAUGUCUCACAAUGAUAGAGAUUAUUUUUUCUGACUGCCCCACUCACACCAAAGAGUUUCCCUGCAUUUUGCAACAUAUUUAUUAAAAGCUUUAGUGUUACUGUGCAAAUUUGACAUUUUCUGUUACAUGUUUCAGUGUAAAUAAAGUUGUGUAUAUUGAA